UUCUCGGCGUGCCGUACCAGCUGACAGGCUCCAGUAUGUUGUUAAUGUUUGAUCGCAGAUCGCAGCUGUGCGAAUAAAACUCUUCACCUGCGUGAAGGCUGUUGUAAAUCCAUCAGUCAUGGGCAACACCAGUGAUCGUGUAUCUGCUGAUCGACAUGGAGCGAAGACGCAGCGCUCGGACAGCACCGGCGGACACAAAGACCACGAGCCCAGCAAAAUGAUGGACAGUACUGAUGACCCCAAUAUCUUCAACACACAUGGACCAGAAUCCAAAGCUUCAAGUGAGAAGGAUUUCCCUCCAGAUUUAGAUGACAUGGUAAAGACGGGUCCUCAGGCCCGACCGACCGUCAUCCGCUGGGCUGGAGGAGGGAGAGAGGUCUACAUCGCUGGGUCCUUUAACAACUGGAGCACCAAGAUCCCGCUGAAUAAAAGCCAUAAUGAUUUUGUAGCAAUCUUAGACCUGCCUGAGGGUGAACAUCAGUAUAAAUUCUUUGUUGAUGGCCAGUGGCUUCAUGACCCGUCUGAGCCGGUGGUCACCAGUCAGAUGGGCACCAUUAAUAAUCUGAUCCAUGUGAAGAAAUCAGACUUUGAGGUGUUUGACGCGCUCCAGGUGGACUCACUCGAGUGCUCCGAUUCAUCAGAUCUGUCCAGCUCACCGCCCGGCCUGUACAGUCAGGACGUUUACAUUUUCAAACCUGAGGAACGCUUUAAAGCUCCGCCCAUCCUGCCCCCCCACCUGCUUCAAGUCAUCCUCAACAAAGACACCAACAUAUCAUGUGAUCCUGCCCUGCUGCCGGAGCCCAAUCAUGUGAUGUUGAAUCAUCUGUACGCGCUCUCAAUAAAGGAUGGUGUGAUGGUUCUCAGUGCGACUCAUCGUUAUAAGAAGAAAUAUGUGACGUCUCUGCUGUAUAAACCCAUUUAAUGAGCUCUGGUCGACAGGUCAUCCACUAGAGCUGAGAUUGCACUAUAAACACCAGAUACAGAGAAUCUGUCCCACUGACACAGUAAUGUGUGUGUGUGUGUUUGAGCUUUAUCUGCUGUCACACUUGAUACCAGGACAUCUACAUGUCUUGAGUUUGUCUUUUUGGGUGCAUCAUUGUGCAGUUACAAUUAUGUGGGACGCCAUCAGUUCAAAGCACUUUAUAAAUGGGUGCAAAUGAGGAUCCGUAAAUUGAAAACUACUACAGACAAAAAUAUUUUUGAGUUCAUGAUAGUGUCAGAAAUUAACGUUUUUAUUAAGGGGCAAUAUUUGAUUUACCUUUAUGAAUGCAUAUUGUUUCUAAAUAUAAAGAAAUAUACUGUGAUUCCUCCUUUUUAUUUCAAAUGAUUUGUUUGUAAUUAAUUAACAAACUCAGCAUCAACAUAUUUUGUGCAAUAAAAUGUGUAACUAGUCCCAGAAAAGAAUAAAACAAUAUCAGAUGUUUAAAAGAAAUAAGUGAGUUUACUACAGGCUCUUUGGCCUCUACAUUUUGAAUUUCAGGGUCAUUUUUGUCACUUUCAGUGGCGUUUUUCCCAGGUUCCCGUUAUUUUCCGACCCUGCCUCAUGAGUUCAAUGAGUUCAUGUUUGGAGUUUUAAUGCAGAUGAUGAUGGGACUUUUGAAUGUAAUGUUUUGUUCUUUUAUCAUUGAGUGUGUCUGCUCUCAGAAUGAACUUGUGUAUUUGAUUCCUAAACAGAAAUGUUUGUUAGACAAAAAAGUGCCACUUUUUAUUUCAGUCUUUUCUCUGGAGAUGGAUUUGCUUUGAGCAGAGUUGUGUUACUAUUUAAACAAAAAUAAAAAGGAUGUAAUAAUUGUAAAAGCAAGAAAAUGUGUUUCUAACAGCAGAUUUUAUGAUGUGAGUUUCUGUAACGGCUUUGUGGAGUUUUACUGCAUGUGCCGACGAACACUUUUAGCUGUUUCACUGUGACGAAACCACAUGGCAUGUUUUCUUCAUUUUAUCAACAGGAAUAUGUUUUUGUCUGUUACAGACCAUUGCUAUAUAGCCUAUUAGACAGUCACAUUUGUGGUGCAAAAUGGUUGGUGAAAAUGUUUGGUGAUUUUAUUGUGAGGUUUAACAUUUUCGGACGUCAACAAAAAAUGUCUAAAUAGAGUUUGUGAAACAGAAGUGUGAUUUGUUUUGUAUUCUCAUCAGAAAUUGCAUUGGACUGUUUUUCUGAUAUUGAUGCUGUAGUUUAUACUGUAUGUGUUUUACGAGACUUCAUGUUGUUUUGAUGCGUUUGCUGUGAGUUUGAUAGUGUGCCGUUAAAAAAUUAGUCAAAUGGAACAUUUAGUGUGAAAGGGAAAUAAAAAUAUGAAUAUUACAGUGAUAUGACCAAACCACUGUCAGC